UCGCGUUCCCCCUCUAUCCAUUCUCUCGCUUCACGCUAGCAGGAAAUAUUUCGUCCAUUUUUCACUCGCUUUCUCUCUCUCUCUCUCUCUCUCUCUCUCAUGGCUUCUCUCUUUCUCUCACUAGCUCCUGCCCCUUCCACCACCAGAAGGCCCCUCUCUCCUACUUUGAAUACUGUUUUUUCCCGCCAUUUCUGCGGAAUUAUCUGUCUUCCCACCAUUUCCUCCCGCCAAAAGCCAUGGAUGAAUCGUGAUGCUUCAAAUUUGCGGAGGGUGAAGCCAGUGCAGAAAACCCUAUCAUUUCAUGUUGCCAGAGCAGAGGCGCGGUCAGAGAAGGAGCCCAUGGUUCCUCCUUACAAUGUGCUCGUCACUGGCUCAAGCAAAGGAAUUGGAUAUGCACUUGCUAAAGAAUUCUUAAAAGCAGGCGAUAAUGUCAUAAUCUGUUCAAGAACUGUUGAUCGUGUAAAUGACGUAGUAAUUAAAUUAAGAGAGGAAUUUGGGGAGCAGCAUGUGUGGGGCACAGCCUGUGAUGUUCGCCAAGGGAAUGAUGUCAAAGCAUUGGUUGAAUUUGCUCGUGACAAGUUGAAACACAUAGAUAUAUGGAUAAAUAAUGCAGGAUCAAAUGCAUACAGCUACAAGCCACUGACAGAGACCAGUGAUGAAGAUCUUAUGGAAGUUGUCACCACAAAUACACUUGGAUUGAUGAUCUGUUGUAGAGAGGCUAUAAAGAUGAUGUCCAGCCAACCUCGAGGGGGUCAUAUUUUCAAUAUUGAUGGUGCUGGUUCUGAUGGAAGGCCAACGCCUCGAUUUGCAGCAUAUGGGGCAACGAAACGCAGUGUGGUGCAUUUGACAAAGUCGUUACAGGCUGAACUACGAAUGAAUGAGGUUAAGAAUGUUAUGGUGCAUAACUUAUCGCCAGGCAUGGUUACCACAGAGCUUCUCAUGUCUGGGGCGCUUACAAAACAGGCAAAAUUUUUCGUCAAUGUUCUUGCGGAACCAGCAGAAGUGGUUGCAGAAUAUUUGGUCCGAUGCAUUAGAUCAGUUGUUAGCAGUGGAACUAUGCGACCUACUUAUAUUCGCUUCCUCACUGGAUUGAAGGCAUACUCACAGAUAUUUUCAAGACUUGCAUUUGGUGCUAGGAGAAAUAGGUACUUGCUUGAAGAUUGAAUGGAGGUUUGCAUUGUGGGAUUUGAAAUGUUUUUCUUCCAUGAUAUCAAUUAUUUUGGGCAACUGGCCAACACAUUUUAUGUAAAUGUUGAGCCCAGUCCAAAACCAAUUCCACGUUUGUGCAUGUCAAAGUGUAAUCUGAGUAUCGAUCUUCUUAGUUUGAAAAUUUCUCUAAAUGACCAAAUAAAACCAGCCAAACUGAUUGAAGAUCGAAUAAACUUAGUCAUCUAAGUCAUUCUUUGACAUGAGUUAUGGGUUUUUCUA